AGACAGUGUUUGUGUGUUUAAUGUACUGAAAGCCUUCCUGCCGCAGUGCACGAUGGGAAACUGAAACAGUCUUUCACCUUAAACUCUUCAUACAGACGGCAGAAACCCGCAGCUGCGGAAUAAAACCCUCUCUAGUGUGUCAGUAUGGCCCGUACUAAGCAGACCGCUCGUAAGUCCACUGGAGGAAAAGCCCCCCGUAAGCAGCUGGCGACUAAAGCCGCUCGUAAGAGUGCGCCCUCCACCGGAGGAGUCAAGAAGCCCCAUCGCUACAGGCCCGGUACUGUGGCCCUGCGUGAGAUCCGUCGGUACCAGAAGUCCACUGAGCUGUUGAUCCGAAAGCUUCCGUUCCAGCGUCUGGUGCGUGAGAUCGCACAGGACUUUAAAACCGACCUGCGCUUCCAGAGCGCCGCCAUUGGAGCCCUUCAGGAGGCCAGUGAGGCGUACCUGGUGGGUCUGUUUGAAGACACUAACCUGUGCGCCAUCCACGCCAAACGUGUCACCAUCAUGCCCAAAGACAUCCAGCUGGCACGCCGCAUCCGCGGAGAACGUGCUUAAUCUUCUGUCUUUUCUUCUUUUUACCUUUCCAUCUGUCUUCACCUUCAGCUUUAUUUUUGUACUCGAGUGUCAGUUAUUGUGAGAUCUUUCUGUGUAUGUGUUAGUGCUCUUGUGAAGUGUUGCAUGGUUUAAUGCACAAGAGUUUGAAAAUGACAUGAGCAUGCAAACUGUUGGAUGCGAUGGACCUUAUUAUGUCCUCAGGGUACUAACUAACAAAGUUAACUAAAGGACUGAAAGCGCUGAAUCCACAUUUAGCGUCUGAAAGAAUUUGGUUAUGCUAAAUCUGAAUAAAGAUUAAAAAGUGGAGGACUUGUUUGUUUUUUUGACCAUUAUUUUAGGUGCUAACAUCCUCGUCCUUCUGCUAUUCCUCACUGAAAGGGUCAGAAUUAUAGUGAAACACUGUUUUGUAGCUGUAUUGUUCAUGUUUUUCUUUAAUGUAUUCUCAUUUGUCUUUUAUUUCGCUGAGAUUCACAGAUUGGCAAAUGUGUAUACCAUAUCACGGAUGGAUUCUGGGAUUGGGUCCUAAAUAUCCUCUACAUGCUGAUUGGAGGGGUUUUCAGUUCUGUAUAAUUUAUGUUCUUGGAAUAAGUUAUGUUAUUGAUGAGCAUAUGUAGCAACAGAUGAAAGACUGUACCUGUUGUAUACAAUUUGAUACAUUCAUGAGUCCUUUAGUGAGAUAUUUAGCAGACACACACUCAGGUUUUUCUACACCCUUUCGUAGUUUUUAUCACAAAGUUAUUAUGUUUUGUUUUUUUAUAUGUGUGUAAAGUCUGAGAAGCAAAUCUUUUACUACACAGAUAAGGAAAUGGACAAUAAAUUGGUGUUGAACUCUUA